GUUUGGCUACACUCAGACUGCAACAUGCAGAGACUUGAGGACAUUUUGUUAUGGAACUUGAUGGCUGCAGUAAUCAUCUUGGGUCAAGCAAGGCCAAAUACGAAGCUCAAUUCACAGACAAGCAGUGGUUUAAGGUCAGACUGUGCGGGAAACCUCAUGAGACUGUCGCUGGACAAGGCUCUAGCAGUGGGGAACCAGCUCGAGGUGGAGGCCCUUAAUGGCACCCAGCACAUUGUGUUAACACCCAGCUUGGCUGCUCAGUGUGGAUACAGCAUGGAGUCUGACCCAUGGGGUAACACCAGAAUCUACACGUCUCUGCUGUCCUGCUAUGUGGACAACAAAGAAGACACAACAUUUAACGUUGGCCUGAAACUCAAAAUGCACAGCCAGAGUUCAUCAGACGUGUUCACUCAUGAUGUGAUGCAGACGUGCACCUACACCCGGUGGGCCUCCAGAGAGAUUCUCUGCGACAGGAACUACAUGGAAGUGUCAGACUACAUGGCUGCACCUGAUGCACAAGCCGAAGCUAAGGGACAAGCUCAGGAAGACAUCUCAAAGACCAAUGCCAUUCCUGAUGAUUCUGGUGCAGCACAUGGGAUCUGGAAGGUAACGUUUUAUACUCCAGAACCAGUCUCAAUGGUGCUGAGGGAGGCCGAACAAGCUGGCUACGGUGCCAUGAUGACUUUGAACCGUCUGGUUAUGAGAAGCCCAUACAAUACAGCAGAGACCUACUCAGAGGAUGUGGCUGGAGUCCCCAUGGAAGUUUUCAGGGUGAGCGCGUACUACAAGUCACCACAUGGUCUGAGUAUGGUGAACCUGGCCGCCGCUUGUCCCACUGGUGGUGUCCUCUUCACCGAGGACUUAAUCUCCUGGCACGUACCUCGCCGUGUUACACCUCUGAUACACGGCAGCUUUAAAAUCCUAGAAAUGCACAUGGGUGUCAACGGGCAGAGGCUGGAUAAAUCUCAUAUGGCCACACGGGGGUACACGCUAUCUACCACGGACUUCCACAUCGUCAUUGAGAUGCCAGUGGGCUCGCCUGAUGGAUAUUACAAGAGCCAUGCCCCAGAUUACCAGUACCACAUCACAUACUCUGUGGAACCCAUGCUUGAGGUGCUGUGGAGGGCAGAUAACACCCAAGAUGACACAAGAUACAAGGUUUUGUUCCCAAUCACCACCCCUCUGAUGCCUGGACAUCCCCACGUCCAAGACCAUACUCUCCCAGAAGACCGGGUGUUCAGUGUUCACUUGGGGACCUUCCUUCAUGAUGUGGAGCUGAGGAACAUCACCUUCUCCACCGGGGUUCUCACUGUUGAGGAGUGCAGCACCAGAGGUUUCACUGUCCAGGAGCACAGCUUCCCCAAUGGAAGCAAGACCUUUUCUCUACAAGUGCCCUUUGAUGCUGAUGUUGUCCUGAAACAUAAUCCUGAGCCCUUGGUUACAGAGUACUUCCUCCCGCUGAUCUUUGGGUUUCUCAUCCUGCCUGAAGAGACUCCAUUUGCCCACCCAGUGGAUGUGCAAGCUUCUCUGCAGGAUGUUGUGCUACCCACCAUGACUGGCACCUGUGACCAGGACCAGUUUUACAUCAGUGUGAAAUACGGGAAUCAAGGCAGUAACUUCCAGACCAUGGUUGGACCUCGACAGCUAACACCUGAGCUGGCAGAGAGCUACAGCUUCCAAGAAAACGGCACACACUUCAGCCUCAUAGUGCCGUACACUGCCAUGGACUCUGCGUUCGAGCUGAUUACUUCAGAUUCAGUCAGAGCCAGACUGGACCUGCUUCUAUUCGAUCCCAACAACAACUGGGUGUUGGCUGAUCUCUACCUGGCCUGCCACUUCCCCUUGACGACAACUAAGUGUUACCCAAAUGGAACAAUGACUGCUUUGGCUGUGAAGGUGGAAUCUGUGCCUAAUCUCGUCCCGAGUUGGCUGACUCUAAAGGACCAGGCCUGCAAACCAGAGUUCAGCGAUGAUCGCUUUGCAUAUUUCUCCUUCAGUGCUGAUUCCUGUGGGACCACGAGAACUUUCUUUGACCACUACAUGCUGUAUGAAAAUGAGAUUGGCCUGUAUAACAACCACAACAAAGGAGCAGCCUACACAUCACCAAUUGACCCCGAUUACAAGCAAACCAUUUCCUGCUACUACAUGGUCAAUGAGUCUCAGACUGUUGCCUUUAGCUAUAAACCAAGAAGCAAUGACCCCACAGCAGAGAUUGGCUCAGGGCAGCUACUGGUACAAAUGAGGCUAGCCCAAGAUUCAUCAUACGAGUUCUUCUACCAAGCAGAAGAUUAUCCAGUGGUGAAAUAUCUGCGGCAGCCUCUGUACUUUGAGGUGGAGCUGAUGCAGUCCACUGACCCGCAGUUGGAGCUCAUCUUGGAGAACUGUUGGGCCACCCUUGAUGAAGACCGGACAUCUGUGCCCAGCUGGGACAUCAUUGUGGACAGCUGUGAGAACCGUGAUGACAGCUAUGUGACCAUCUUCCAUCCUGUCGUGAGUGACACCAGGGUUGCAGUCCCGUCACACCUGAAGCGCUUCUCUAUAAAGAUGUUCACCUUCACUAAAGAUGAAGAGGUUUUGAAAGACGAGAUUUACGUCCACUGUGAUGCAUUGAUUUGUGACACAAACAGCCAAGCAGACAGAGCCUGCAGAGGCCAGUGUGUGCACCACACAGGCCCGACUAACACUCGACACCAAGGGAUAAAAGGAGUGAGGAGGGAGCAAAGAAGUACAGACUCCACCCACCAAAGGCAGCUCUCCUCUGGACCCAUUCUUCUGUUAAAUGCUCAGUCACACCUCUGA